GCUCUCAACAUUUUCGUUAACUAGUUUUCUGAUCAAAAUCGAAAAACAUGAGUGGAGACGGAAAAAAGUCACAGCUGGAUGAAGUGCAGCAACAGCUAAUUGAUUGUAUAUCAAAGAAUGACACCAAUGGCUUCAAACAAAUGCUGGGCCAGCUGAAGGGCGGCGUCAACUUCGUGGACGACAGCGGUAUGUCGAUUCUAGCGCACGCUAGCUUUAAGGGCAACAAGGAAGCAGUGCAGUUGCUGUUGGACAUGGGGGCCGACAUCAAUUUGAACCAGCAUGGCGCUGAUUAUACGCCGCUCCACUUCGCCGCACUGUCCGGAAAUACGCACGUGUGCCGCCAGCUCCUGGAUGCGGGCAUCAAUCCGAACAGCAUAAACAGCGUAAAUCGCACUGCCUCCCAAAUGGCCGCUUUUGUAGGCAACCACUCGUGUGUGGAGACCAUCAACAAUUAUGUGACACGAUCCAGCCUAGAGUACUACACACAACCGCACGGCCAGCAGACAGAGCCGUACAUUCCGGUCGUGCUUCUGCGGUCUUUCCACAGCUUUGUUACCGAAAUCAAUCUGCAUCCCGUUCGAAUCACGCUAAAUGCCCAGUCGUUAGGUCUCCUCAAGAUACUGUCCAAUCUUCGCAAGGCCCUUUCGCUGAUGUGCGAGAAGGAGAUGCAGAAGACCCACGACGUAAACGAACUGCUCGCCUUUAAAUUCCACUACUUGGCCUGGAUCGUCAAGGAACUGAUGCGCUGCGAGGAGCAGUUCAAGGCGCAGCACAAGGAGAAGGCCGACGACAACGAGGCCAACAAAAACGACUUCGUUGAGGUGUUCAUAAAGCGCGUUCUCAAGGAGAACAACCUCGGCCAGCUGGACUACGUCGAGUAUACUGUGCGUGAAUGCGCUCGAGAGUUUCCCUACCGCGAGUGCACCAUUUUUCGCCAAAUAGCCACGCAGCUGGGCGCGAAGGAUGCGCCUCCUGCGCUCGUCAUCCUGCGCAACGCCAUCAACGGAUUGCGCGGAUUUGUGGACGAGUGCAGCUACUGCAGCACGUGUGGCCAAGAGAAGCCGGACAAGAAGUGCUCCAAGUGCAAGGCGGUCAAAUACUGCGACCGCGAGUGCCAACGUCUACAUUGGUUCAUGCACAAGAAGAGUUGUCCCCGUCUCUUGGCAUCUGUGCUGGCCGGGGCCAAGGAGCAGCCGAAGGCACCCAUCGACACAUCCGAGCUGCAAGAGGAGCUGUCCAAGCUGGCAGCAUAAUAUCGUGAUGAUUACCUGCAUUUUAAAUAAACCAAAUAAGAUUUGUUUGAAACUUACCUCCAUCGCUUUAUACAGGG